UUUCCUCUCCGCCUGCACUCCUGCCGCCUCAGAGGAGAAGAGGAGCUCGCGGCCGCUGGUGCCGGCGCUCGGGGCAUGGGGACCCCGUGGACGCCCUGGCCGCUCCUCUGGUCAGUGCUGCAGCUGAGCUGGCGGUCAGGAUGGCUUCUAGAAACCCCCGACAGGCCCUGGAACCCCCUCACCUUCAGCCCGCCCCAGCUCACCGUGGCCGAAGGGGAGACCGCCACCUUCACCUGCAGCUUCUCCAACACGUCUAAGCACUUUGUGCUCAACUGGUACCGGGUGAGCCCCAGCAACCAGACGGUCAAGCUGGCCGCCUUCCCCAAGGACAGCAGCCAGGUCCAGCAGGACCCGCGCUUCCAAGUGACGUGGCUGCCCAACGGGCGGGACUUCGAGAUGAGCGUCCUCGCCGCACAGCGCAACGACAGCGGCACCUACUUCUGUGGCGUCAUCUACCUGCCCCCCGAGAUGCAGAUCUACGAGAGCCCCCACGCAGAGCUCACGGUGACAGAGCGAACCCUGGAACCACCCACUGAGACCCCCAGCCCCCCAGCCAGGCCCGCAGGCCAGCUACAGGGCCUGGUCAUCGGGGUCACCGGCGUCCUGGUGGGCAUCCUGCUGCUGCUGCUGCUGGCCUGGGUCCUGAUCACCACCUUCCCCAGGGCCACUGGAGGACCCUGCGCCUGCUGCCGCGAGGACCCGCCUCUGAAGGACGGCGUCUCCCCGGGGCCCGUGUUCUCCGUGGACUACGAGGAGCUGGACUUCCAGUGGCAGGAGAAGACCCCGGAAACCUUUGCCCCUUCUGUCCCCCAAGAGACGGAGUACGCCACCAUCGUCUUCCCCGGCCGACCGGGCUCCCCGGCCCGCAGGGCCUCGGCCGACAGCCCGCAGGGGCCCUGGCCCCCGAGACUCGAGGACGGGCGCUGCUCCUGGCCCCUCUGAUAGCCCCCGCCAGCCCGUGGCCGUCAGACCCAGCGACAGCGAGGGGAGUGGCCCCCCGCCCGGAGGAGCGCACAGCCGUGGGGGCCUCCCGUGGACACGGGGCCACGCACCGAGCCAGCCCUGCCCGGCUCUCCUCUUGGUCCUCGGGGACCUGGGCAAGGACGGGGGCCGCCCCAGGGCUCCCAGCACGGACCCCACUGAGCUGGCCCAGCCGCUGUCCUGACUGCUGCUCUGCCCCUCCUGCGCACGGGGACUUCGGGGGCCGCCGCGACCCUGCCGCUCCUCGGGGAGCCGGGUGCCUGGACACACCGGGUGCGGGUGCUGGUCGGAGACUCCGUCUGGGGCAGCAGGUGAGGAGCCCCCACGGCAAGGAGACCCGGCACACAGCUCAAGGGGCCCACGGGGCCAUGCGCAAGCCUGGCGCCUCCCAGGCCCGGACGAGAGAGCUGCUGGCCACAGUGCUCGGGCAGCGCCCGGGAGCGGCCUCCUCCCUGGCGCCCCCUCACGGUGCUACUUAGAGACACCUUGGAGGCUCCCGCCCAAGGGGCUGGGUGGGCGCCCUCCAGCCAGGCCUCCUGCGCUCCGCCCGCCGCGCACACAGCACGGGCUGCUGGCGUGGGGCUCGGAGGCUCACACUUGAGAGGCCCUUUCCCUUCUAUUAUAUUAUAAUUAAAUGACGGUGGA